AACUGGUAGAAUUCUAACUCUGGAAAAUUUGAACAAGGUAAUUUUUUGUGUGUGGUUAAGGUAUUACAUACAUACAGUAAAAUAAAAUGCAAUAGUUGCUGGGUGUGGAGGCUCACGCCUGUAAUCCCAGUACUUUGGAAGGCAGAGGCGGGUGGAUCAUCUGAAGGUCAGGAGUUCGAGACCAGCCUGACCAACAUGGUGAAAACCCGUCUCUACUAAAAAUACAAAAAUUACCUGGGUGUGGUGGCAGGCGCCCGUAAUCCCAGCUACUUGGGAGGCUAAGGGAGAAGAAUAGCUUGAAACCCGGAGGCGGAGGUUGCAGUGAGGUGAGAUUGCGCCAUUGCGCUCCAGCCUGGCUGACAAGAGUGAAAAGCUAUCUCAGAAUAAAAUAAAAUAAAAAUAUAAUAGUCUAAUUGAUUUUUUAAAAAAUGUAGACAUCCACGUAUCUACCACCUAGGUAAAGAUACUAGAGAUUCCAGCAACCUGGGAGGAUCCCUCGUGACCCUUUCAGGUCUAUAUGAGCCUCCACCGUUCCCCAGUCCCCGGGAAGGAGAGGGGGUGGGAGAAGCAACAUGAAACCUAAAAACCAGUGGGGUUCGCGCCUGUAAUCCCAGCUAUUGGGUUGGCUGAGGCAGGAGGAUCACUUGCCCAGGAGUUGGAGGCUGCAGUGAGCUAUGAUCACGCUACUGCACUCCAGCCUGGGCAACAGAUCAAGACCCCGUCUCUAAGCAAACAAACAAAUAAACACCCCUCAAAACCCAUGGCUUCAGGCCUGGCGCGGUAGCUUACUUCUGUAAUCUCAGCACUUUGGGAGGCCGAGGAGGGCGGAUCACUUGAGCUCAGGAGUUCCAGACCAGCCUGGCCAACAUGGCGAAACCCCGUCUCUACUAAAAAAUAAAAAAAAUUGGCCGGGCGCGGUGGCUCACACCUGUAAUUCCAGCACUUUGGGAGGCCGAGGCGGGCGGAUCACGCGGUCAAGAAUUCAAGACCAGCCUGACCAACAUGGUGAAACCCUGUCUCUACUAAAAAUACAAAAAAUUAGCCGGGCGCGGUGGCGGGCGCCUGUAAUCCCAGCUACUCAGCAGGCUGAGGCAGGAGAAUCGCUUGAGCCCAGGAGGCGGAGGUUGCAGUGAGCCGAGAUCGCGCCACUGCACUCCAGCCUGGGCAACAGAACGAGACUCUGUCUCAAAAAACAAACAAACAAACAAACAAAAAACAGAAAAAUUAACCAAGCGUGGUGGCUCACGCCUGUAAUCCCAGCUACUCGCGAGGCUGAGGCACGAGAAUCUCUUGAACCCGGGAGACGGAGGUUGCAGUGAGCCGAGAUCGCGCCACUGGACUCCAGCCUGGGCGACAGAGCGAGACUCCGUGUCAAAAACAAAACAAAACAAAACAAAACAAAAGAAAAAAACCUUAGUUUCAGCCCGCACAUUCCCUCAACUCCUAUCGCUGCCUGCAAAUCUUUCGCCAUCUUCUUGGACAAUCCUAAGAGGGCAUUGCAUAGGCUUCCGGACACUGUCGUUUUCCUGGGAAGUCCACACGAACUUUAGCUUGGACGAGAAAGGACUAGGGAAAGAUUUUUGGUCCUUCGGAGCCGCCGUCCAGGAUCGGAGCGCGCAGAGUCGCUUGUCCCUCGGCGGUUGCCGUGCCACCUUUACGUGGCAGCUGCGGGAGCCUGCCAAUCCACUGCGCCCGCAUCAGCCCCCACUGGUGGCGCAGGCGGAAGGGGCGGAGCUUAGGCGGCGGUGGCUGAGAAGGCAGCGGGGCGGCGGCGGCAGCGGCGGCGGCUCUGGAGGCCGCGGUCCGGGUCCUGGCUUCGGCCUCAGCCCCACCAUGGUGACUCUUGCUGAACUGCUGGUGCUCCUGGCCGCUCUCCUGGCCACGGUCUCGGGCUAUUUCGUUAGCAUCGACGCGCAUGCUGAGGAGUGCUUCUUUGAGCGGGUCACCUCGGGCACCAAGAUGGGCCUCAUCUUCGAGGUGGCGGAGGGCGGCUUCCUGGACAUCGACGUGGAGAUUACAGGACCAGAUAACAAAGGAAUUUACAAAGGAGACAGAGAAUCCAGUGGGAAAUACACAUUUGCUGCUCACAUGGACGGAACAUACAAAUUUUGUUUUAGUAACCGGAUGUCCACCAUGACUCCAAAAAUAGUGAUGUUCACCAUUGAUAUUGGGGAGGCUCCAAAAGGACAAGAUAUGGAAACAGAAGCUCACCAGAACAAGCUAGAAGAAAUGAUCAAUGAGCUAGCAGUGGCGAUGACAGCUGUAAAGCAUGAACAGGAAUACAUGGAAGUCCGGGAGAGGAUACACAGAGCCAUCAACGACAACACAAACAGCAGAGUGGUCCUUUGGUCCUUCUUUGAAGCUCUUGUUCUAGUUGCCAUGACAUUGGGACAGAUCUACUACCUGAAGAGAUUUUUUGAAGUCCGGAGGGUUGUUUAAAAAGCCUCUUCCUGAUGAUCCCAACUCAGAAUUCACUGUUUACCAAACACCUUGGUCAUAAUAAUGUCAUUAGUUUCUCCAUUUUUAUUUUCUGAACUGUACAUUCACAACUUAUAUUUCUUUGUGAUUAAUAGAUAUUGGGGGCAAAACGCCUUUUUAGGAAAAUUAUAGUGAAAAUUUGACAGUCGACUGGCAUAAUUUCUUGUUUGAAUGCUGCCUCCAUUAUAUAGGUCCUUCCAGGAACUCAAACACUGUAAAUGAAAUAUGGGAGUAUAGUUUUUAUUAUUUCUUCUUUUCCUUUUGUUUUCAUAAUAUAAUGCAGUUUGUUCAGGAAAUCAGCACAAAGCCUGAUAGUGCUUUACUAAAAUGACUGCAUUCUUUGGAUUCCCUCAGUCUAUGGUUCAAGUCACUAAAGAUUCAUUUUUGUUGAGUCCUUAUGAGAAACAGCAGUAUGAAUCUUGACGGUUUCUGCCCGUCCUAAUGGCAGAGCUCUCUGACUUGGGCGUAUGCUGCCAGGCUGGGUACUUUCAUACUUUGUUUUUUUGUUUUGCUUUAAAACUACGACUCAGCAUACAUUUUCCCACAUACAUUUUUAUAUUGUACCUUAGGACUCAAUCAUCUCCACUUAAAUUGAUGAUACAAGCAGCUAAUAACCAUUUUUGGGUUUCUGCCUAACCCUCUAAUUGUCUGUUAAAGCCAAUUCUCUGGGUGUUCCAGUGAGUGGUGGCUUUUUUUCUUUCCACACUGGCACAUUCACUUCUCCCACUCUUGGCAUGUAAGAAAUAAGCAUUUACAUAAUUGGAAAAAUCCGGAUUUCUGAUGCCAAAGGGUUAAAGCCUCUUGGAUUUCAUUUCAGUGAUAUACAGCCACUAUUUUAUUUUUGAUCAGUGGCCUUUGGGCCACUGUUUAGGGUACUGACCAUAAGUGUCAGCAUUAGGGUUUUGGUUUUCGUUUCUUUUGGGUCUUUCUUUUUUGGCACAUGUGAAUCUUGUUUUGUGUAAAAUGAAAUUACUUUCUCUUGUUCUCUGAUGAUGGGUUUAAUAUUAAAAGAGCAUCAGGUUUUGGUAUGGGGAUGAUCCAGGAUUAUGUUGUGACUGAUACAUAUCAGUUACUUAUACAAUUUGUUUUUUUUUUUUUUUUGGAUCUUUGCAAGGGGAAAACUACAAGUAACGAGUUUUAUAUAAUUAAUUUAAAUUUGUUACAGGUUUUCAUGUUCAGGAUAAACCAUUUUUCCACCUUGGGUGAGAACACUUGCAACAGUUUAUUAAUGAGGUGACUUUCACCUUAGGACAACUGUUGCAUGCCAAGUUUUUUUUUGUGUGUGAAACACUUCAAAAUUGAUUUAAAAGAUGUAAAUUUAAAAUUGGUUGUAUCUAAUAUGCCCCAGGUUCGGUAAAUAAACAAUUCUUUUUAAAAA